AUCAGCGUUGCUGUGCGUGCCCCGAAACUUUCAGCCUCUUACAGCGAGGAGAGUUGGCUCGUACAAUACUUCAACAUCGGAAAACGAAACUCAGCUGCUACCAUAAGACAUUCACUGCCAACGGCGUUACAUGCGCUAGAACUUACAAGAAGAUCUCAUAAACUGGGCACUGGUCAAACUAGACGUUUUGAUGUUUGCUAUUUUUACGUGCAUUGCUUCUAAUUGGAUAUCAGUACUUAAUGAAAGAAUAGUGUGUCUGACUACUGUGAAUAGUAACAUGUCAGUGGCCACCUUAAGAUGAGACUUAAGUAGUCGGAUUUCUAUUCAGAAAAUCAACCGUGUAAGUGUAAGAUAGUCUGGGUGAAGUGCAAAGACCUUUUAAACUCGAAUUUAAUUAAUAUGUUUUGGUAAUACAGAAAUGCGGGCUUUACAACAGAUUUUCGUGUCUGAGUGAAUGUAAAAUUUUAACAACGUGAUAAUAAAGCAUUAUCUUAUCUUUUGAAAGAUUGUAAACUGUUUCUUAAUUUAACGUCUUUUUGGGGUCAUCUUUGGUGACUGUAUUUGUGUCUGUCGGAAAAGUAAAUUAUCAGUUUCCGAGGCCAUCCAAAAAAGGGAGGGGAAAAAAUAUCAUCCCUAUUCCUUGUCAUCAGGGAAUAUCGCACUUUCAGCUUUCAUUGCCUAUAUUUUCCACACCAACUAAGCUUGUUAAAUAAAUCAACUUCUACUUCUAGUUCUCGAGAAACAAGACCAGCGCAAUUAUUAUAAUACCCGACUUAAGUCCCGUUGAAAGAUGUUACAAUUACAAGUGCAUGAAAUUGAAUGCAUUUUAAGUAUUUUAGCGGGUUGAGGAAUGAAUGUUAUAGAUGUGCUUUCGUUUAUUUUAUCUGUUCAUUUUAUUUUGAUUUGUUUUUAGGGGAGUGCUUGUUACUAAUGCUGGAAAUGAGCAAUUAAGAGUGAUUGACAGAGAAAGUGAGAAUCAUAAGGCUCAAGUGAGAUAUUAAAAAUUUAACAAAUUGUCUCUAUCUGCAAGAUGAAAGAGUGACUUUUGAUUCUGUACCCUGCAUAGUACUGUUCUGUAUUUAAUAGCCAUGGCUAGAAGAAACAAUCGUGCUGCUUUUUGUUCUCAUCGUCAUUAAAUAUGUAUAUUUUGUUUCAAACUGUAUAAUCUGUUUGUUGUAAGAUCCAUAUUUUCAUUUACUUUGUUUGCGAUGUUAUGCGUCAGUGUGGAACGUAAAUGGAUUAAACCAGACCAAAAAGGAAGGGAAAAGUGGACCCAACAUAGUACCAACUGA